CGCUUUAAAAAUUUCCUACAAAUAUGCAACUCUGAAAGCGGUUGUCAAUUGUGCACGUGUUGUUUGGUUAUACAUACACAUUUUUUAAUACCGCAUUCUACAAUAAUUUUCAAUCUUUUUGUAAUAAAUUAUAAAUAAAUAUUUUAAUUAAAAUGAAACAAAAGCAAGUUAAAGCAGCACCCAAAGUGGCAAAACAAACAAAAGCUACCAAGAAGGCAGCUCCUGCCGCCAAAGUGGAAGAAGUUGAAGAAAAUGAACAGGAAGAGGAAGAAGUUGUAACUAAGAAAGCUGUAGCUAAAAAAGCGGCACCUAAAAAGCCUGCUAAAGUACAAAAAGUUGUUGAAGUAGAAGAAGCUCCCGAGGAGGAGGAGGAAGACGAGGAGGAGGUUGAGGAGCAAGAAGAGGAUGAUGAACAAGACGAGGAAGCCAUGGAAGAAGAAGAAGCUGACGAAGAUGACGCUGAAAAUGAUAACGAUGAAGAAGAUGAAGCUGAAAAUGACAACGAUGAAGAGAAGGAAGAAGAUGAUGAAGAAGAAGAUGAAGAAGAAGAAGACGCCGCAAAUGAAGUACCUACAAUACCAUCUAAAGUAAAAAGCGGAGAAAUCCCCUCAACUGUACCCUCAAGCAAAAUUGUUCAUGUUGUUAAAUUACCUAAAAAAUGUAAACAAAUUGACAUCGUAGAAGUAUUUGCCAAAUACGGAGCAAUUGAUCAAAUACAUAUGAUUACAACUCCCAGUGGCACCGUCGCUAAUGUUGCCUUUAAAACCAUGAAAGCUGCUAAGGCUGCCUUGGCUGACAGAAAAGUCAAAGUGCAAGGUUCUUUAAUUAUUAUAAACCCACACAAGCCCAAACGUGAAUCUAAAUUUAAUGAAACUCGCGAACGCUGCGUUUAUGUUCGUUAUCUGAAAACCGGCACUACUGAAGAAGAUUUGAAAAAGCACUUUGAAGGUUGUGGCAAAAUUGAAAAUAUCAAAGUUGUAAAUAAAUUUAAUACCACUUUUGCUUUUGUUACUUUUGCCGAUAAGUCCAGCGUCGAUGCUGCCUUAGAACUACAUAACUCAGUAUUGAAUGAUGUUAAUAUUGGUGUAAAUAAACAAAGUGAAUCUAAACUGGGUAAAACUUAUGAGGCAAAUCUUACCGUAAUGGUUAAGAACAAACAAAACUUUGAAAAUAUUGACGGCGCUAAAAUCAAGUCUAUCUUCUCCAAGUGCGGUGAAAUUGAUAUCUUAGAUGUUGUGUGCAAAAAGAAUGUUUUGGCUUUCGUUUGCUACAAAACUGAACAAGCUGCUAAAAAGGCUCUCAAAUUGAAUGGCAAAACUGAACAAGGCAUUGAAUUGGAAACGGAAUUAUAUGAUCCUUACAGUAAGAAAACCACCAUUCAUGUUACAAAUUUGCCUAGAGGUUGCACUGAAGAAGACUUAAAAAAAUUGUUCUCUAAAGCCGGCGAAAUUAAAAACAUCUUUAUUAAAGGCGGUUUUGCUAUUAUUGGAUUUGAAAACUCCGAUGCCUAUUGUAAAUCAUUUUUGUUUAAUGAGAGCAUGAUAAACAAUCAAGUUAUUUUUGUUGAACCCCAUUCUCUACGUAAGAAGUCCAUUAUAAAGCAAAAAUACCCAAGGCUUUCCAAAAGAAAGGUUUAAAACGUCCCUUUGAAAAUGGCAACAGCGUUUUUUAAAGCUAAAAAAGCUAAAACUAACUAAUUUCAUUUAGUUUUUUAUAUAUUCUUUCAAAAAUACAUAGUUUUAUUAUUAGCAACAGAUUAUUCAGUUGUAACAAAUAUUCAAUUAAAGUAAGAUUAGAAUGCAA